CAGCCUCACUGCGCCGGCUCUAAGCCACCCGACCCGGCUGCGCGCUGCUCCUUCUCCGGCCUGCCCUUGGGAAGCGCCUUGCGGGGCGAACAUUGGCCCAGACGCAGCCAGCAACACCCCCCCCCCCAAAUAGUCCUGUUUAGCCUGGUGGCAUUUCUCAGCGGUUAUGCCAGGCAGCCUAAACCAUCAUGUAUCCCGGGUAAGGACUUUGUACAGGAAGAUCCUGCAGUUGCACCGAGCAUUGCCACUGGAGUUGAAGACCCUGGGAGACCAGUAUGUGAAAGAUGAGUUCAGGAGACACAGAUCUGUUGGUCCUGAAGAGGCUCAGUGCUUCCUGCGGGAAUGGGAGAACUAUGCAGCGACGCUGUUGCAACAAACUCACCCAAAGGCACAGAACUGUACAAGUCCGCCUCGUUUUGGAUCCCACCUCCCGGAAGAAAAGCUUCAUGCCCUACGAGAUGAGCAAGUUGGGCAGCUCCAGGAACUGAUGCAAGAAGCUACCAAACCCAAGAGACAGUUUAAUAUUUUGGAUGACACAGAUCACAAAAAUUGACAUAUUACUUUGGAUAUGCUUUAAGUAGGGUGGUGGGGUUUUUUUGUGCUCUUUAGCUCUGUUUUGGAAAAGAUUUUCACUCCGAAGAAUAAAUGAAAUUGAUGUUCA